AUGGCAAUGUUACCAUUGAGCCUCCUCAUACUCAUAUACGCAUUCUCGACUUGUGUUAAUGCUGAAUUUUCUUUGCCAUCUCAAGUAACGAGUUUUAUUCCGUCGUGCGCUCAGGUUUGCUUUGAGUCCUUCGUACAAGACAACUAUCCAACAAAUGUUUGUGGCGACACACCUACAUUUGACUGCUUAUGUGAAAAUGGUAGCAAGUCUACAUACACGGUGGGAGAGGGGGCAGUACAAUGUAUAAUGUCAGAAGCCAGCGUGGGCUUCUGCAAUGGAGAUGACUCCUCUAAUGAUACAGUACUAAAAGCAUACAAUAUGUGUAAUUCCGACAAGAAUGCACUGCCAAACACACAUAGCACUCUUACAGCAACUCUCGUUUUACAAUCAGGCUCCGCGAGUAUCGUCCAAAUUGCUCCAGUGGCAACGACAAGUGCUAGUGAUUCAGUAGCUACAACUUUACUCACAACUGCACCUACAGCUACAGCUACAGCUACUCCAAGUUCAACCACGAAUUCAAUCACAUCGACAGGGGUACCACAACCGGCAGCUGCUACGAGUGCCUAUUCAUCACCUGAGAAUAGUAAGCCAGUACUAUCGACCGCACAAAUAGCUGGAAUUGUGGUAGCAGGAGUGGGUGGUGUGGUUUUGGUAGUUGGAGCUAUGUUGCUAUGUGCCUGCAUGAGGCGUAAAAGGCAAGCAAAUCGAGAUAGUGGAUAUCUUCCAUUCCAGCAAGAGCCUUCUUUGAGCAUCAAAUCUCAAUCUCACUUCGGUAUUACGAAGCCAAUGGCGCCAUCACCAGCUUCUAUUUCAACCCGAGGACCAACACCAAUAGGGCCAUUUUUGGGGGCUCGAAUGCCUUCGAGGGGGGGCCAAUCAAGCCCCGAUUCUUUUUCUCAAAGGAACGCUAUUCCAGAGAAUAUCGGUCUUGCCAUGACCUCCGAAAGCCCCCAACCCAAUUUGUUAACCCCCAUAGGUUACACUGAAGAAGUAUUCCAACGUGGCCCAUCUCCACUUUUGCCCGAAAGACCAGCCCUCACCCUGCAGGUUCCUUUCCAGCGAAACCCCCACGAGAUCCACACUGCAGCCUAUCAGAAACCAUCAAAAUUCACGGGCAACAAUCGGCAAUCUAUGGAUACACAAUUCGAAGACGAAGAUUCAUGCAGCACAGCUGUAGCAUCCGAAGCACCGUGGAAUGCGGCCUCCUAUGGAUCCAUAUCAAAAGACAAGGUUCUCCGACAGCCUGAUCCCGCAUACUAUCAAUCACCUCGUCUCCAAACUGAGCUCUCGCCAAAUGAAACAGAAAAUAUUAUCGAUUCCUACAAGGAUCCUUCAGUAGAGCCUGACUUCUACGUACGCCCCCUUAAUCUCCAAAGAAACUUUUCACAACCUCGUCGGCCCGAAAAUGCAAUGAAACCUUCUGUUCAACGCAAUCCAUCUGCCAAGGAUCCUCUUAGAGCAACCUCAUCUGUGUACUCGGCAAAAUCCCACAACCGUCGACCCUCUUCAAAUGAAGUUGAGAAGUUAAACUCACUCAUGCAAUCUAACCCCUCAUUUCGCCGCGUGCUAGGGAAAUCCGCAUACAAUCCUGUAGGGCCAUAUGAUCAAAAUCGCACCUCUAGAGCUUCGAUGGGGUCUAUGACAUCCUUCGAAACCAUGGAUUCUAUAAAUCCUGAGCCCCAAGAGCUUUCUGGCGACACUAAUCUCAGCCCCGUCGUCGAAUCUCCCACUGACAAAUCAAACGUUGUCGGUAAAUCACCAGUCAAAUACCCCAAAAUCAAAGGAAACUCAAGCCAGCGCCAUUCUCGUACUCGUACCCGCACAUCGAUCAUAACCAAUUUCCCCGCACCACCACCAAUAUCUAUCGAGUCACCUAUCCGUCCCCCUACAGCACAUAGUAAUAAACCAUGGCAAGAAGCCGAGAUCGCCGCUCAGAAAACGCGCAUGGCAUCUCUAGGUCUGUCGCCCGGAAACUUUCUCUCGCCAGGCUCUCACAACUCUGGCAUCACUAUUCGAAAAAGUAAUGACUUCUUCAGUCCCAGUGAUUUAGCUUCAAGGAGUCCUCCCCCGCCAAUACCAUUACCCUUACCACCAACCUUUAAACAGAGGAAUAUGAGUCCAAGAACUGCGAAUGGAAGUGGGAGUAAAAGAAGUGCCCCGCCCCCUUCUUUAAGUCUCUCCACUUCUCCAGAUUCAUCACAAAAAUGGAGAGUCCUUCCCGACACCAACACUAAUAUUAACACUACCGACACCAUCACUACUUCUUCUUCCCACCAACAAACCUCACCAACCAUCGUAUCUCCACACUGGCGGCCACAAAUACUCACCGGGAUAUUACGAAAAGAUAGCGUCCAGUCCUUACACAAACCUGCCACCAACGUCUCCUCCUCUAACAAUAAUUCCUCCCAACCACUCUCCGUCCCCCUCCACACCUCCAUGGACCCCGAAGUAUCCUCAAUCUACAGCCAAGAAACACGCAAUUUCACAUUCGAUCCACGUCUUACACAAAUGACUACCAUGUCUGAAAUAAAAGCCCAGGGACAAGCUCCUGUUGAUUCUUCGAACGAAGAUAUCAGUACAGUCAAAGAUACAAAUAUGAAUGGUCGAUCAGUCAUAUAUACCAAAGACGAUGGAUCAGGUGAAACGAUCACUAUCAAUAUCGAUGGAGAUAAUCCCAGUGGUUUACCAAAGACACCAGGUUGGCUACCGAAAUUGACGCCCACGAGACGGGGAAAUGAUUUGUUUUUGAAUGUGCAAUAG